CCAGAAUGUCCAACGCAGGAGUGACCGAGGGAAAUCAACCACAAGGCCACCGUUGUUUGACGGAACCAACUACUCUUAUUGGAAGGAGAGGAUGAGGAUCUUCAUCCAAUCUAAUGACUACAAACUGUGGUUGAUAGUCAAGAACGGGUGUGGAGUCCCGAUGAAGAAAGUCGGUGAAGUCAACGUCCCCAAAACCGAAGAGGAGUUCACCGACGAAGAUUGCAAAACGAUGGAGCUCAACGCAAAUGCAAUAAACAUGGUUUAUUGCGGUGUUAAUGCGGAUGACUGCCGCAAAAUCUCGCGGUGUGAAACCGCAAAACAAAUGUGGGAGAAAUUGGAGGUCACCCACGAAGGAACCGCGCAGGUUCGGGAGGCCAAAAUCGACCAUCUUACUCACGAGUACGAACUCUUCUCAAUGAAGGAAAACGAGAAGAUUGAGGAAAUGUUUGAGAGGUUCUCUAACAUCAUUAAUCCUCUCAAUCUUCUCGGGAAGACCUACACUGACCGAAAGCUUGUGAGAAAGGUGGUUGAAGAGAGGAGCAAGAGGUCUAUCGCUCUACCCGCAACAACAUUAACCCACAACAACGUUGAUGAUGAAGAUGAUGAUAGUGACGACACCGACCUCGGACUCUUUGUCCGAAAAUUCAAGAAGAUGAUGCUCAAGAAGGGAGCCAAGAAGAACACUCCACCCAAGUGCUAUGGGUGUGGUGAAAUUGGGUACAUCAAACCAAUGUGUCCGAAGCUCAAGAACGAGAAGGACAAGAGGGCACCGAAGAGGCAACGGGCCUACAUUUCUUGGGAGAACGACGGCUCCAGGAGUGAAGACUCGGAAACGGAGGAAGUGGCCAACUUGUGUCUCAUGGCCAUUGAGGAUGGUGAAACAUAAAAAGAGAAGAUUUAGUAGGGAUGUUCAAAAAGGCUUCCAAAGAAAAUAAUGAAGUAAAGCAAAAAAUCCUGA